UCGAUUUGUAGUUCCAUUUGCCAGACGCUCCGAUAUAUUUCGAGAUUUAUGUUGUUCCUGGCCGGCUCUUUUGAAAUUAUUGUGUCACCCUAAGAUUAGUAAAGUGAUUAAGAAGCGGAAUUCAAGUGGAUUAAAAUGCCUUAGAAUUUGUGUUUGGAGAGCGAUCGGGCGUGCGUGUGUGUGUGUGAGUCGAAUUAGUGUCUUGACAAAUAAAAACAUGAUUGUUCCGCUUGGACUUUUAUUAAUUUUAGCGCAACUUCUGUUUCAAAUAGAAUCUACUGAAAUAUGUUCAAAGAGCGAAUUGCAUGCAUUAAUUCUAGCUAGAGGCGGAAGUAAGGGUAUUAAAUACAAAAACCUUGUUGAAAUAGCGGGACUCUCAUUGCUGGCGCGUACAAUCAUAAAAAUACAAAAUUCUGCUUGCUUUGAUCAUAUUUGGGUGUCCACAGAUGACAAAAGAAUUGCUACUGAGGCCGAGAAAUAUGGGGCUAUUGUGCAUGUUCGGCCCCCAGAGUUUGCCAUGGACGACACAUCUUCUCUGGAUGCUAUCAAAGAGUUUUUGGACACGCACAAAGCCAUUCAUAAUUUUUCUCUAUUUCAAUGUACUUCUGUGUUUCUGAAGGAAGAAUACAUUAAAGAUGCUGCUUUGGCAUUUAAAAACCAUGACUGUGUGUUCGCAGCUAAGAGGUCGCAUUAUUUAAGAUGGGAAUACAUUGAUAAUUUGCUGGUUCCCGUGGGCUUUAAUUCAAAGGCCAGACCAAGGCGCCAAGAUUGGAAAGGAGAUAUCGUGGAGACAGGAAUGUUUUAUUUUUCAAAAAGACGAUUAGUAGAGAAUGGAGUGCUACAAAAUGACAGGUGCUCAAUUGUUGAAAUUGAUGAACAAGAUGGGUUAGAAAUCGACUCACCCAUAGACCUGACAAUAGCACGAUGUAUUAUAAAUAAUAAAACAUAAACUGGACUUUUGC